AGGGCGGUGGUGCUUCUCUUCUCAUCCUCGUUAUCCUUAUUCUCCUCCCACACGUCAUGAUGUGUGCGAGGCCCAUCGCAAAGCAAGUUGUUGAGGUGGGGAACACGGCGGGAGAUGGCGGCGGCGGCGACAAGGGAAUAGUAGUGAGGAAGACGGCGGAGAAGGGCGGAGGAGAUACGAGCAGCAGGACGGAGGAAGUAGGGGGCGCAGGAUCGAGGCUGCCGGACUGCUCGCACGCAUGCGGGUCGUGUCGGCCAUGUAGACUAGUGAUGGUUAGUUUUGUGUGCUCCAGCCUUGAGGAAGCCGAGACUUGUCCCAUGGCUUACAAAUGUAUGUGCAACAACAAGUCUUAUCCUGUUCCUUAAUUAGCUAGCCAGCUUAUUACUAGUGCGGUUAGUCAUCUCCAAAGGGACUUGUUAUUUGUGGCUUGCUAUGGCUUUUUUUAGCAAAUGAAUAGUGGUAUAACAA